AUGGCGGCAAAAACAGCCGACGACCUGUCGAAGCUCGCGCUCAACGGUUCAAAAGACAAGUCCGAGCAUGCCUCAAUACCAGGCAAAACCAACGGCACCAAUGGAAAUCUAAGCGACCAAGACGAUGAUUCGGAGGACGAUGGCCCUCAGGAUGCAGGCGCGCCCGCCGCAGCCAAAAAGAAGAAGAAGAGAAAGCCCAAGAAGAAGAAAGGUGGCCCCAAGCAACAGACAGACCCACCACGAGUAAAGCUCUCACAGAUAUUUACCAGUGGGAACUACCCUGCAGGCGAAGAGGUGCCUUACACAAAGUACGACAAUGCCUAUCGCACCACGAGUGAGGAGAAGCGGCACCUGGAUAGGGUCAAGAGCGACUGGCUCAACGACUAUCGCCAGUCCGCUGAGAUCCAUCGACAAGUGCGGCAGUGGGCGAAGACCAACAUCAAGCCUGGAAUGAGCCUGACUGAGAUUGCCGAAGGGAUUGAAGAAGGCACACGCGCUCUCACGGGUCAUCCGGGGCUCGAGGAGGGUGACAACAUCAAGGGAGGCGUCGGCUUUCCCACAGGCCUGAACCUCGACCAUAUUGCGGCUCACUACAGUCCCAAUGCAGGAAAUAAGACUAUUCUGCAGGAAAGUAAUGUCAUGAAGGUCGACUUCGGCGUGCAUCUGAACGGCUAUAUCGUCGACAGCGCCUUCACUAUGGCAUUUGACCCCAAGUACGACAACCUGUUGACCGCCGUCAGGGAGGCGACCAACACUGGUGUACGUGAAGCCGGUAUUGACGUGCGUGUGGGCGAUAUCGGUGCCGCGAUCCAGGAGACUAUGGAGAGCUACGAGAUCGAAUUGGACGGCAAGACGUACCCAAUCAAAGCCAUUCGGAACCUCAAUGGCCACGACAUUGUGCAAAACAGCAUCCACGGCGGCAAGUCUGUUCCCAUUGUCAAGUCAAACGACCAGACAAAGAUGGAGGAAGGCGAAGUCUUCGCUAUUGAGACGUUUGGAUCUACAGGACGGGGAUAUGUCACUGACGAUCUGGAGUGCUCGCAUUAUGCGCUGAAAGGUGAUGCGCCCAAUGUGCCGCUUCGUGUCACCUCGGCGAGGAACUUGUUGAGUGUGAUUAAGAAGAGUUUCGGCACUCUGCCGUUCUGUCGGCGGUACCUGGACCGACUGGGUCAGGAGAAAUAUCUGCUAGGACUGAAUAAUCUGGUUAGUAGCGGUAUUGUGGAAGCAUACCCCCCCUUAGUGGAUGUGAAGGGGAGUUAUACGGCACAAUUCGAGCAUACGAUUCUGCUCAGGCCGACCGUGAAGGAGGUUGUCUCGAGGGGUGACGACUACUGA